GGUUUAGGCAUGAGGAGUGAGAUUGGUUAGGGUAAGGGUAAAAACAUCCGGGUAAGCCAAUUAGAGGCAGAGAAGGGCUGGUUAUGACUUCGCCAUCCUAGGAAAAAAAUAUCGCAUCGAGGAGGAGGUUUUAUUUUCAAACCUCCCGCUUAUCUGCGCCAUCAUUUCCGACGCCUCUUGAACAAGCAGGAAGCAGCGGUCUCCAUGGAUACGCUGAGGCACAAACUUUUCUCCAGUUGAUGCUAGUUGUUCAGGAACAUGACAGGAGACAGCGACUACAGCAAAUACGAUUUGGCACGACUGCAGGCCGAACUUGAGCAAGAAAGGGAACUUAAAGAAAUGCUGGAAGAGUCUGUGUCUGAUCUGCGGAGCACCAUGUGUGAACUGCAAGAAAGACUGCACAGUGUUGAUGGGGAAGGAAAUGAGUGGAAGACAAGAUUUGAGACACAGAGAGAGCUGAACGGACAGUUAGAAAGACAGAUCUCACUCAUUCAUGAGAGGCUGGAGGACCUACGAGGAAACCCCAUGGAUCGAUUGGCCUCUAUCCGAUCAUAUGACGACAUGCCAGUAGAUACACUGAGACAGCGUCUGAAGCUCCUUACUGAUGAGAAGUCUGACCUCCAGAGUCAGCUGAUGGACUGUCAUCGAAGGAUCGAACAAGAAGGAAAGGCAUUUCAUAAAACCAAUGAUGAGAGACGGGCAUAUCUUUCAGAAAUUGCUAAGCUGUCCUCAACCCUCGAUGCCCAAAGAAGACAGUACUCCACUCAGCCACAGAGGGGGAUAGAGAGCAAACAGAGAGGGAAGCAGACCAGCAGGAAGUCGGAGGCUGAUACUAAGAAAGGAAAAGAGAGAGAAGAAGAUGGAGUACGUGUGAAAGGAGGAGGUGGUGGUGGUGGUGAAGGAACAACAGCGGAGAGAAGAGAAGAGAAGAAAGCCCAACAAGGAAGCAGGUUGCCCACCUUAAAGCACUACCUGAAACACAACCCCUAACUCAGCCUGGUGUUUUAGCCCCUCUUUUUUUAUAAAGUGGUAAUGUUCCUCUCUUCUGGGUAUGCUGGAAUGAUUGAAAAUUGACAUAUAUUUAUAUUUUCAGCACAAGAACACAGUAUGUCCUUCAGCUUUUUAUUGUUCACAUUCCUCAAAGCUUGGUUGUGAGGCAACAGUGCAGAUCCUUUGUAGCGUUUCUGUGCCACAGUCAGUGUUGUAAUCCAGUGUUUAUUUUACAACUGAUGGCAAAUACAGUGUUACACUAAUCUCAUGUUAUAAAAUGUUACAUUUAUAAUGAAA